AUGGUUGCCAACAGUGCUCGAGGUCUGGACUGUCAAUACGACCGGGCUCAGCAUUUAUCCACGGACCAGCACUCGACUUUCUCAGAGCAUCCCCAAGUACUUGAAUCCUAUACACGUUCGGAUCGUCACAUUCAGGAACUCAGCCUGAUGCACCGCUGGACUACUACAACCUAUGACACCAUUCCCACGAAAUAUGCGGAUGACAAUAGCAUCUGGGAGACGGAAAUGCCUGAAGUCGCCUUGCAACAUCCAUUCCUGCUGAACGCUCUCUUGUCUAUCACAACAUUCGAGCUCAGCGGACCUCCGGAGACAGCUGCUGCAGAUUAUGUUAAAGCUGCCAUGGAUUAUCGAGAUCUUGCUGUUCAUGACCUACCAGACCUGUCCUCCACGACCACGGCCGAAACGAACGCCGCUCUUGUCUAUCUCGAGCCUCUGAUUCUGCUUAUGAUCUUGGUGUCUGUCCAGCAUCAACCUUCCACCACCUCUCUCUUUGACAUCCUACAAUUGUUGACCAGAUACCUCACCCUGAUGCAAUCAAUUCACUCACACCUCAACACGAGUUCAGCAACUCUGGCUCAUCACCCUCUCCAUCAAGCUACAGUCACACAAACGGAUAUACCUUCACAGAUGCUCGAUGUUCUCACCUCCACUACAUUCCGGAAUCUCGACGAUAUGAACAAGUCUCGCCCAGAACCACCCGACGAGGCUCCGUUCAAGGUCCGCUUUACAGCCACCUUGCAUCAAGCAUCAUGCAAGAAAGCCCUCUUCUGGCUAGAAGAAGCAUUCACCCAUCUUCCAUGCCACAGCCAGGAUACGCAUGACUUUAAUGGGCGCCGCUUCCUUGAGCACUGUCUCGGUUGGGUCCAGCUAAUUGACGGCGAAUACAUAGCUGCACUCCGCGAAGGUGACCAGGUUGCCAUCCUCCUCUUUCUUACCUGGACCGUUCUGGUGCAGACACACGGACAUCGAUUCUGGUGGGCGCGCAACCUGGCCACCAAGCUAUUCCAAGCUAUUUCGGGCACCAUAGACGAAGGCACCGCUCCAGUGUUGCACGAAAUCUUCUCGUGGGCGCGGAGACAGUUGCACCAAGUCCAGCAGGCUCAUGUUGAGCCGCAUGCCAACUUUCCGAUGCCUGCACAAUAG